CACACGCUUAGGAAGCAUUAUUUGAGGCUAAGGUAAGCCUGACAGAUAACGGCAGCAUGUUCGCCUAGUUAUUUUACUGUAGUUACUGUCCACACUUGCGUGUCGUCUUGGUCGUCGUGGGUCGUUCUGUCACGCCGUCACGGUUAGCUAUGGCUACCAUCAAGAGGAUCUUAGCCGUUAGUUUAGGGGCUGUCGGUGCGGGUGUGUUGUACUGUUCGAAUGACAACAGUAGAGUCCUACAAGCGGCUCAAAAAUUCCGUACUGAAUCUGUGCAUUCAUCAAAACUUCAUGAUGAGCCUUUCCAGACAACUAAAUGGGAUUACAACUGGGACAGGAGAGAACCUUCAUUUUUGGUACGUCCAUCUAAAGGUGGCGAAGAUGAUAUCCGUUAUAGCAAAGAAAUAGCAGAAAAAAAGCCCAAAGCCUCGCGCAACAUCAUCCUUAUUCGUCAUGGGCAGUACCAUCAGGCUAACAGGUUCUAUGAUGCUGAGCGAACUCUUACAGAGAAAGGAAUCGAGCAAGCACAAGCCACCGGUGACAGACUGUUGGCAUUGAACCUUCCAUACAGCCGAAUGGUCAGGUCAACUAUGACAAGGGCUCAACAAACUGGUGACCAUAUUUUAAGUCGCUUGAAUAUGAGUUCAUUGCCAGUUGAAAAUGAUAGUAUGUUGGAAGAGGGUGCACCAUUUCCACCUGAACCACCUCGAAAAUCUUGGGAACCUCAUGAAUAUUGUUUCUUCCAAGAUGGAUCUCGUAUUGAAGCAGCAUUCCGCAACUAUUUUUACCGAGCUGAUCAGCAUCAGGAGAAGGACUCAUACGACAUUGUAGUAUGUCAUGCUAAUGUUAUUCGGUACUUUGUUUGCAGGGCACUACAACUUCCUCCUGAGGCUUGGCUACGCAUAAACUUGCAUCAUGCUAGUAUUUCAUGGGUACGCAUUCGACCAAAUGGAAGAGUUGGCUUGCUAACCAUGGGUAACUGUGGUCACCUCCGGCCUGAACUUCUGACUUUAGAGUAGGAUUUCAAAAUGAGUUUGCAACUUGGUUUGCCCAGUCAUGUUAAGUGUUACUUGUAAUUCGUUUUAAUUAAUCUGUUGAAAUAUUCCACUUGUCUAAGAAAUCCACAUGUGGAGUUCUUUUGUAUAUGAUCUAUUUGAUAAGUAAAGUAUUGAACUUUGGAUAA